AUGGCCCACAGACCCACUCUUAGUCUGCUGCUGCUGCUGCUGCUGGGCCUAUCGCAGGCCAGUGGAAAUGAGGUCCACGAUGAGCCGGACCAUGUGUCCAUCACUUCAGCGAUCCUGGAGUCCAACAACGGAACCAAUGAGCUGCUGCUGGAAGGAGACAUUCUGGCUCCUAGAACCAGGAACGCCAUGAAGUGCUUUAGCAGCCAGUACAGCUGUCUGUGGAAGAAGUCAUCUGACGGCUUGGUGUAUGUGCCUUACAUCCUCAGCGCUGUAUAUUCCAGCUUGGAGGUAGAGACUAUUGAGACGGCCAUGAAGUAUUUCCAUGGCAAGACCUGCAUCCGCUUCAUUCCACGUAAGACACAGACUGCCUACCUGGACAUUCAGAGCAGCGGCGGGUGUUUUGGUACCAUGGGGACUGUUGGGGACAGGCAGACAUUGUCUCUUGCACAGUUUGGCUGUGUUCAACAUGGUAUCAUCCAGCAUGAGCUGCUUCACUCCCUGGGCUUCCACCACGAGCACAACAGGAGUGACCGUGACCAGUAUAUCAGGAUCAACUGGCAAUACAUCUAUAACUACGCCGUCGAGAACUUCCAGAAGCAGGACACCAACAACCUGAACACUGCAUACGACUACUCCUCUGUCAUGCACUAUGAUAGAACCGCUUACACUAACGACUACGGAAAGGAAACCAUCACUCCCAUCCCAGACCCAUCUGUGGCCAUCGGACAGAGACAGGGCAUGUCCGACAUUGAUGUCCUGAGGGUCAACAAGCUCUACCAAUGCUAA